UUUAAGAGGAUCGUGAACGAUCUAAGAAUAGCAAAGAAGCAGUUUGCUGGGGUAAUGGUGCCGAAAUGAAUCACAGCUCAGUGGGCCGAAUGCAUCUUCGCUGCUCCCAUUGACUUCCAUGGGCAAUGUAAUGAUUCCAUAACUCCGUGUUUGACCUAGGUUGGCCAGUAACCUAUUUAUGUAGCUAGCUUCAUUAACGUAGCUAACGAUGCUGCCUGGUAGGAAGGCGUCCGUUUAAAGAAGGGCGUUUAUUUUUCCGUAUUGAUGUUUGGUAGCUAGCAUUAAACGAUGGAGAUUCUGCAAGACAACGAGGAACAACAAAUGAAGUACAAACGCGGAGGUCGUUUGGACAUGAGCCACGGUUUUCUACACCAUAUUCGUCGUAACCAAAUUGCCAGAGAUGACUACGACAAGGAGGUGAAACAGGCCAAGGAACGUCAGCGGCGGAGACCCACUACCACCCCGAGACGACCGCGCCGGCCUGACAUUCAAGUGUACCACCCUCGGCGCCGGAACGGAUCAGAACCGGGCGCAGGCGCGGAGCGGGAGUGGAACGAAAGCGGGUCGAGCACGGAACCGGAGCCCCCGGCCACAGAACUGUUCUGGCUGGACUACCAGGCCGACAGCGGCCGCCUCACCUCCUUCAUCGUUCACAAGGAGGACAAGCCGGAGAGGAUAGUGGACAGGGUGGCGGAGGAGAACGUUCUGGACUCCGGCAUGAGGAUGGUGCUGCAGGCCCGCGUUAAAGAGGAGAUGGACAAGAGGCGGGACAAACGCUGAGCCGAGAUCCCCUGAUUGGAGGAGAGAAGACCUGGGGCGGGCUGGGAUUGGGGGGUGGGAGCGCGAUCAGGAGCGGUGAAGAGUUGGGGGGAGGGGAGUGAGAGGGUGAAGUGAGAGAUGCCCCGUUUGUGGUUCUGCAGCAUCACGCUACUGUACGCGGCGAUGUGACCGCUGCUGUGCAACAGCCAAUAGGGAACGAGGGCUCUUGCAUGGAUGGAAACCGCAGGGCAGGCAUCCCUCUCAGGGAACACAAGCCCCACGAUACUUUCUCUUUUUCUUUCAUUGUUUUUUCUUUUUCUCCCUCCAUCCCUGGCACAUCCGUCCUUGGAGGGCUCGUGUCGCAUGGAGGUGUUGGUGUGAAGGGGGGGAUCGGCCUCGCUCCAGAACUCCCCUGGUGGUGGAGCGGUGGCUGCUCUGUGCCCUGAGGUGGCCUCAUCGCUGGCAGCAGGCACCGAGGUCCGUCCGAAAGUCUUUGGACGUCUCCUGGGUGCAAAGAUUCUGUCCUGCCGUCCCCCCACCAGACCAGACCCUCCAACACCCUGCACUGAAAACUUCCCAGGAUCCUCUCUGAGCCAGACCCUUUCCAAACCACACAAGACCCAACGGUUGUGUCAUCGCUUGGGGUCGGUGCACCCUCAUCAACAGCCGUUGGGUGUAUUUGGCAUUUCGGUUUUUUUUUUAUUAAUUAUUUUUUUAUGAAACAUUGGUUUUUGAUUAUGUACUGUUUUCUUGUUGUAUUUAGCUUUAUCACAUGUAUAUUACUAAAGAACUGAUUAAUUGUAGUUUGGAUAACUUUGCAUAAAAGGGAAUAAUGUUACUGAAAUAUACAGAUUUUCUCUCAAAAGGGGACAUUGCAGAUCUCCUGUUAAGGGACGAAAGGAAUGGUAGAACUUCUGUUCGUGGAUAGACAAGGACAGAGUUGGUCAGGUGACCAAUUAAUUUCAGCCUGGGGUGUCAGAAGAUGAAGCAAAGUGGUAAAUACAACCUAGAUCCAGUCUCCUAGGAAAUGUGAACAGUUUAUUCUUUUCUUUUCAUACAUUUAACUUUGAUUAGUAUAUUUACUGACAUGUUGCUAUGGUGUUGCUCUUGGUCUAACAAACCUUCUGAAUAUAGACAUUUACAUAAUUAAAAUAUCUUGGUUAUAUACCAUUAUCUUCUGGGUUUCAGUUGUGACACAAGGAGGCGAUGAUGACGCAAGAUGGUCGGCUUGCGUACAAAAGGGCAUAAUCAUUUCUCUGCAGUAGUGAAUUAUUUAGCUAUCGCCCAGGAGGUGGCAGUAUUCGUCCACACAAGACGAAUAGCCAAAGGUCAACCCGGUAGUGUAUGACUACUUACCAGUAUGCAGGCAGGUUAAUUCUCUGACCAGUUGAAAACGUUAAAUUACACUGAAACAAGCAUACGUUGAAGCAACAUACUUUUCGAGACCCAUUUAUUUCAGCACGUCUGUGAAUGGCCAGCAAAUAUCGGUGACCAACGGCUUUUUGUAGCCCGUUAAUGCAAUGCUAACAGUAUCAGCACAUUGACGUCUCAAGACAUGACAUCAGUUGCAGCCAACACAGUUGGACUUUAAACCCCAGAACUGCACCAGAA